AUGAGCACACAGAGCAUUAUCGCUGUGAAGAAAUUCACUGGUCCUGGCAGAACGGCUCACACAUGCACUGCUCCCCAGCCUUCAGCUCAUCAGCUGCUCAGUGCCAAAUACGAUCACUGUGGUGCAUCACAAGCUGAAUUAUUGGAUCCGAUAUCGCCAUCUAGUUCUUCCACAUUCUACACAAGCAUGUACUCAUCGUCGUCGACAAAUUCCAAAUCGUGCCGGCAAGCAGGCGCUCUGCCUUUCCUGCCCCAUCCUCCUAAAUGUGAGCAGAAGCAGCAGCAAACGUCAGGUGGGCAGUCAUCCAGCUCUUCAUCGCUGCUCUUUGGUACUGACCUCAACAAUGGUGGUCAAAGUGAGGCUGAACAUUCAGCUGAUCUCAAGGACUUUCUUAACCUUUCUGGAGAUGCUUCAGAAGGCAGUUUCCACAGUGAAAGCGACGGCAUGGCUUUCAGAGAGCAGAUGGAGUUUCAGUUCUUGUCUGAACAGCUCGGAAUUGUCAUCACCAACAACGAAGAGAGCCCUCAAUUAGAUGAUAUAUAUGACAGACCGCCGCAAACCUCUUCCUGUCCGGUGUUGUCUUACUCUGACCAAGACGACCUCCAGAGGACAGGAUCUCCUGUUAAAGUUCAGCUGAGUUCAUCUCGAGCUUCAUCAUGUAACAAGCCAAGACUGAGAUGGACACUGGAGCUCCAUGAGCUUUUUGUAAAGGCUGUCAACAAGCUUGGAGGACCAGAAAAGGCAACUCCUAAGGGUGUGUUGAAGCUUAUGAAGGUAGAAGGCUUGACCAUCUAUCAUGUGAAGAGCCAUUUGCAGAAAUAUCGUUUUGCCAAGUAUCUUCCAGAGACAAAAGAAGACAAGAAGUCCUCUUCAGAAGACAAGAUAUCUAAAUCCGAAAUACCAGGAAACAAUGGUGGCAGAAAGAUGAGUUUACAACUAGCAGAAGCUCUUCGGAUGCAAAUGGAGGUUCAGAAACAACUUCAUGAACAAUUAGAGGUGCAAAGGCAGCUACAGGUGCGCAUAGAAGAACAUGCAAAGUAUUUGCAGAAGAUAUUAGAACAACAGAAGGCAAGGAAUUCCUUAUCAGCUAUGACAAGUUCAAUAGAAAGAGAGCCUUCUGAAUCUACAGAGGAAGAGAAACCCGAGACGCAAGCGGACACUUCUUCAGCUCCAAUGCCAAAUUAA